CACUGAUAUCAUACGCGUUUCUGAUUUGUCGUCAUUUCGCCCGACGAGUUCGACGAGUGUUGCGUGGCUCCGUGGUGAUAUAUAUAUAUGUACGUAUAGUUUUUUCUCCGCUCCCCGUUCGACGCUACAGUGCAUACGUAUCGCCGCGUUACUCUCCGCCGUGCGCACUCGCUCCGAACAGUCGUUUCGGCAGGCGGAAUCGUCGCAAGUGUCUCUUUUUGUAUUGUUUUUGUUUCCAUCUAAAAUUAAAUUUACUCGUCGUCAAGUGAGAACAGUGCAACAAAGUUUUACGUCGGACGGAAUUGGCGAACAGGACGAUAUUGAUAAUAAUUCUUACAACAUCAUCAGUGAUAUUUUGAUUGAUUUGAACUUUUAAGAUAAUGUUCUUCAUCCAAGAACCAAUGUUUUCGUGACAUUCAUUUCAAAGUAAUAAUGCAAUAUUAUUCGUCUGUUUCACAACCUGUGAUAAACCAAUUAGCAAUUACACUUGCGUGACGUUUAAGAUAAUUUCUGUUGGCUAUCAAAAGCCGUUCAGAUUAUCAUUAAACGAUAAAAAACUAUUUCUUAAUACAAUGGAGCGAGAGUCCAAUUCCAUGCAGGCUUUGUGUCGUGGUGGAUGUGGCUUCUAUGGUAAUCCAUCUACAGAUGGCCUUUGCUCUCUGUGCUAUAAAGAAGCACUGAAAAAGAAACAGACACCACCACAAACAGCUCCAUCGCCACCUUCGGUCUCCGCUCAGAGUAUGAUGGAGACUGCUAUACCUACCAUACCAGUGCUGCAGAUUCCACCUGUAUCCGUCUCACCAAUUUUGCCCACAGACUCAAAAAAAGAUAUGGACAAUGGUCUGGCAUGCAGUUCUAAUGACAGCAGUCUCAUGGAUGAUGGUAAAAAAGAUGAUGACGAUGAUAAAGAUAAAUCUAAAAAGAAAAACCGAUGUGCCAUGUGCCGCAAAAAAGUCGGUCUUACAGGUUUUGAAUGCCGUUGUGGUGGCUUGUUUUGCGGCAUCCACAGAUACUCUGACAAGCAUAAUUGUUCAUUUGACUACAGGGAGCUAGGAGCACAAGAAAUCAGGCGCAAUAAUCCAGUAGUUGUUGGAGAAAAAAUUCAGAAAAUUUAAUACAUGAAUAAUGAUUGAAUUAAUACUUAAAAAGCGCAUGAAAAUAAUGAAUGUACCAAUAAUAUA